AUGUGGCGACGGUCGGCUGGUGCGGGCGGCAAAUGGGCGGUGGCUGGUGGCCGCCGGGUCAACGGAGGUGGUCCCUCGCCCCAGCACUUGCUUCUGCAGCUCGAAGCCCAGCGUGGUCUGUCGACGACCUCGCCUUCUUCGAGAGCAUCUUCGUCUGCAUCUUCCUCUUCCGCUCCGGGCCGAGGCGCGGGGUGGGUCCGGGGUUCGUUCAUGGACUACAUGAGCCGCGCGGGCCACGAGGGCCGAGCCUCGGCACCGCUGGUGCCGCCGAGGGGUGACGGGUCGCUGCUGUUUGUGAACGCCGGGAUGGUGCCCUACAAGGACUCGUUCCUCGGUCGCGUGGUGCCGCCGGCGCCGCGGGUGGCGUCGGUCCAGAAGUGCGUGCGGGCGGGCGGGAAGCACAACGACCUCGACAACGUGGGCCACACGGCGCGGCAUCACACCUUCUUCGAGAUGCUGGGCAACUUCUCGUUCGGGUCCUACUUCAAGGAGGACGCCAUUCGUCUGGCCUGGACCUACCUCACGCGCGAGCUUGGAUUGCCGAAGGAGCGGCUGCUAGUGUCCGUGCACCAUGACGACCGCGAGGCCGCGAACAUUUGGCACGCACAAGAGGGAGUGCCGCUAGAUCGAAUCGUAUACAAGUAUGCCAAGAAGUGGGUCGUGGGUGAUGAGGACAAUUUUUGGAGCAUGGGCGACGGCCCCGGUCCGUGCGGUCCGUGCACCGAGAUCUUCUGGGACCAGCAACAAGAGGUCGAUGGCGACAGAUUCCUCGAGAUUUGGAAUCUCGUGUUCAUGCAGUACCAACGGACGGAGAGUGGCGAGCUGCAGCCGCUGGACCGACCCUGCGUCGACACGGGCAUGGGUCUGGAACGAAUCGCCUCUGUUCUGCAAGGGGUAAGAGAGAACUACGAUAUCGACACCAUACGCGGCCUAGUCCACGGCACGAGGACCAUUUUGCACGACAAGUUCGGCGGCGUCCACCAGCCCCAGGCACAGCUCUCGCCCCAGGAGAGCGUGGCGCUCAAGGUCAUUGUGGAUCACGUGCGGGCAUCGUGCUUCUUGAUCGGCGAUGGAGUCAUUCCCAGUAACGUCAGCCGAGGCUACGUGUUGCGUCGAAUUAUUCGCAGAGCCGCCCGUUAUGCCAACACCCUCGCGCCCAACAGGAACCAAGGACUGUUGGCCGACGUGGGCAAGCUCGUGAUAGCGCAGAUGGGCGAGGCCUACCCGGAUCUGUUCACCCGACAGAACGUCAUCCUGCACCUCAUCGAGAAAGAGGAGGAGGCCUUCCUGGCCACUCUCGAGCAAGGGCUGGCCUACCUGCAGGACGCCCUGCGAAACAACCCCGGCACCGACCUCCCGCCGGAGGUGGUCAUCCACCUCUACAUCCGACUCGGUUUCCCGAUCGACCUCACGCAUCUGAUCGUCAAGGAGAACAACAAGACGUUCGACAUGAACGCCGUGGAUCGACUCAUGGACGAGGAGCGGGAGAAGUCACGCGCGCACGCCUUCUCUCUGUCGUCCUCCGCGCCCUCUUCGGUCAAGCUGGGCGAAGGCGGCGUGCCCACCGCCGUCAAGGAGUGGAUGGCCGAAGGCAUCGCACCCGAGUUCACGGGCUACGCGAGGCAGGUGGAGGAGGAGACCUCCGUCGUUGCGCUCCUGCCCGACCUCCAGCGACGCACCCUGUGGCUCAGCAUCUCCCCGUGCCCGUUCUACGGCAUGGCCGGCGGUCAGGUCGGCGACAAAGGGAGGUUGAUCGUGUCGGGCGGGUCGGGUAAGACUUUGUCGGAGCUGCGGCUCCGGGUGGAGGACUCGCUGAUUCCCUAUGAGGGUGGUCUGGUGCUGCGGGUCAAGGUCGACAAGGGCGAACAGGGCCAGGAAGUGAGUGAAGGCGAGCUCAAGGAGCUGGCCGACAUGCUCAUCAAAGGACAGGUUGGGCUUCGGGCAGAAGUGGACGACAGGCACAGGCGCGGAGUCAGGGCGCACCACACGGCCACGCAUUUGCUCCACGCCUCCCUGCGCCAAGUCCUGGGCACCUCCAUCGUGCAAGCCGGGUCGUUGGUGGACGCCAACCGGCUUCGAUUCGAUUUCACCCACCACUCUCCGCUGACUGACGACCAGCUCCAGCGCAUCGAACACAACGUGCGAGAAGUCAUCGCCGCCGACACGCCGGUGGCGACCGACAUGCGAGAGUACGCCAAGGCGGUCGAGAGCGGGGCCAUGUGUCUGUUCUCGGAGAAGUACCCGCCCGUGGUGCGCGUGGUCUCGGUGCCGGGCUUCUCGACCGAGCUCUGUUCGGGCACGCACGCCGCGAGCACCGGCGAGAUCCGGCCGUUCAAGAUCACCGGCCAGACGUCGGUGGCGCUGGGCAUCCGCCGAAUCGAGGCUGUGGCGGCCGAGGCGGCCGACCAGUGGUACGACGCACAGUACCAGUACCUGAGCUCGCUGGGCCGCACCCUGGAGGUGGCCCCCGUGAAGAUCGAGGAGCGGGUCAAGCGGCUGCUGGCGCGGGAGCGGGAGCUGGAGAAGGAGGUGGGCGUCCUCCAGCGGAAGCUGGCCUCGUCCGCGGCCAACAGCAGCGCGAGCCAGUCCCUCGCCGGCACCUACUCCGGCCACCCGCUGGCCGUCCACGUCUAUCCGGAGGGCGACGACGACAAGGUGCUGGCGAAGAAGGCCGAACAGUUGCGCGAGAAGGAGCCCGGCUCGGUGCACGUGGUCGUCUCCGGGCGAAAGGUCAUCUGCACCCUGGCCACCGACCAACUGCCGGCCCUGAAGGCCAACAAGGUGCUGCAGGACAUGUUGGCGACUGUGGGCGGCAAGGGAGGCGGCAAGGAGGGCAUGGCGCAGGGCUUCCUCGCCUCGCCCGACCUGGCGUCUCUGCAGCGCUGGGCUCGCCUCACCACCCAAUGA